AAAACAUAUUAAGAAAUAUUCCUGCUCUCCUGUAGGCUUGUAGGACUUGCAUGCCCCUAAUUCUCCAUAUCAUUUGCCUAGGACAAAAUCCUCAUUCAAUAAAUAAUUUGAGACUUGAGUCUGGCCCCUUCUGAUUGCCAGCUUCACUAAUCUGAACCAGCUAAAUUAAUGAGCACAGCACUUGUAACUUUCUGAAACAAACAGGGGCUAGUGACUAGCUAGGGAAGAGGGUCUAGGAGCAGCCUGCUUGUCUGUCACUGUGAUCAACUCUAGCUCACCUCAUGCUGAGAAUGGACUGUAACCAUCUCUUUCUUAACCUCUUUUUUCUUCUCUGCUAUUCCCCCAAGUGUUGGUCUACAAGUGCAUACCACCAUGUCUCCUAGUGAGUUUUAGGUUAUCAUUUGACAUUACAAAUUGGUUUAAUACUUUCAAGACAUGGGCGAAUGGACUAAGGUUGCUGUCUGAAGCUGCCAAGGAAUCAAGGUGUGCUUUUACUAUUAGAAGGGUCAUCAUCUUGUUUAUGGGACUGUUGUGAUCAUUGGAUUUCUUUUCCUGUGUCCUUUCCAUUUUCUCCUGGUGGAGCUGCUGUGCUCUUCCAGAGAAAUCUUCUGUCACCCACAGUGCAAGGGGACCCCAAUAUCAAGGAAGGACUUGAUCCACUGUUUUCACUGUUUGUUUCCUCUUAUGCCCUGAAUGAAGACAAACCAGCCUGGUGGAGGAAGCUGGUUCUGGAACAGGGUGGAAAUUGAGGACACAUGUUCCCAGGAAGAGGCUGACCUUGUAGGAGUGGCUCAAGUGGAAUCAGCCUACUCUGCAAUGGGGAUGGCGAUUUCCUGCCAGGUCUUGACUCUGUGACUAUUGGUUGUUUUUCUCACACAGACACUGAUGGAUGCUUGCCAGCCCCUCUGAUACACUGUGCCCAGGGUAGGCCCUGCCCUGUGGUGGUUUAGUAGCUGUGUGCUCCACUGAUCUCCAGGCAUGGAGGAAGGCAGAUUGGAUCUCACUGCGUGUGUGCUGAUAGGGCCACCCGAGGGUUUGGCCACACACUGGCCCUGUUGUGGUCGCCAGGUUCCAUGAUGCUCCUCAGGGCAUGCAGUCACUUGGCUCUGCCACAGCUGGAGGAGGAACUUUGCACACAGCAUCCUGGCCUGCGAGUGGGGUGGGCAGCAGCUGACCUGGAAUCCGAGGCCAGAGUACAGCAGCUGUUGUGCACAGUUUGCAAGCUCCCCAGACCCAAGGGUCAGCAGAGCCUGCUGCUCAUCAACAAUGCAGGUACUCUUGGGGACAUUUCCAAAGGCUUCCUGAACGUGCGUGACCCAGCAGAGGUGAACAACUACGGGGCUCUAAACAUGACUUCAUGCUCUGCUCAGCUCCGGCACCCUGAAAGCCUUCCCAGACAGCCCUGGCUUCAACAAGACUGUGGUUAACAUCUC